AUGACAUCCAAUAAUCCAUUAUCACUGGGCGACUUUUCAAAGAUUUCUCCACUUCCAGGUAUCUCUCCAAUCAACCCAGAGGGACAUGGUGAGUCCUUCUGGUCUUCCAAUCCUAUUUCUUCUUAUUUGAUUUCUGUAUACAACAAUAUCCAUUCUCAUAGGCAAACUCUUUCGUUGGUGAAUCCGGGGACAAUUGAGAAUUUGAAUAAGGAGGUGGCUCGUGAUGUGUUUUUGACGCAGUAUUUCUUCACUGGUCUUAGAGCGGACUUAAACAAGGCUUUUUCGUUGAAUCCUGCCUUCCAAACGUCUCAUACAUUCUCUAUGGGCUCUGAGGUGCUUCCAAAUUAUGCUUUUUCCGCUUUGUUUGCUAAUGACAAUUUGUUUAUGCAGGGAAAUGUUGACAAUGAUCUUUCAUUGUCUGGUCGAUUCCACUAUGGUUGGGACACCAACAAUGUUUCAAAAGUAACCCUACAGGUUUCUCAGGGCCAACCUAGUAUGUGUCAGAUCGAGCAGGAUUUCCAAGGUUCUGAUUUCUCUUUGAACUUCAAGGCGUUGAAUCCUUCUAUAUCUUCGAAGGGUGUGUUUUCCGGUGUUGCUGUUGGUUCGCUUUUACAGAGUAUUACGAGUAAUCUGGCCAUAGGUAUCGAAGCUGUGUAUUCAAGAGGUCAAAAUUCCAUGCCAGCAGACGCAGCUGUUUCGUAUGCUACUCGUUAUGUUUCUCCUAAGCAAGAUUGGAUCUUUUCUGGGCAACUUCAAGCUAAUGGUGCUUUAACGGCUUCCUUUUGGAGAAAAGUUGCAUCAAACGUGGAAGCUGGUAUCGAGUCCACCUUACAGGCUUCUAUGGUCCCUAUAAUGGACCCUUUAAUUGGCCAACCAAUUGGAAUUCAACCAACAAUCGAGGGUGCUACCACCAUUGGUGCCAAAUAUGAAUACAGACAGUCCGUUUUCCGUGGCUCUAUCAGCUCUGAUGGCAGAGUGGGCUGUUUCCUAGAAAGAAAGAUCUUGCCAACAUUAUCCAUUUUAUUCUGUGGCGAAAUGGACCAAUUUAAGAAUGAAUCCAAAUUGGGCUGUGGUUUGCAAUUUGAAACAGCUGGUAGUGAAGAACUUUUGAUGAUGCAACAGGGAUUGGAUGCUAAUGGUAACCCAUUGCAGGCUCCGCCAUCUUAA